UCUCUCUCUGCUGUGUCUGUCCUGGCUGAAAAGCUUUUCUCCAACAUCUGCACACGUGUUCGCGGGUGCCAGCACCGCCUUUCCAGGAGCUCUGCAGAGGCACCCAUCGCUUUGCGCGGCCGAGCCUGUGGCAGAGAGGGCCUUGUCCUGCCAGCACCUGCCCUGAGCCAUGGUGAAGUACGGCCUCGACUACACGCGCUGCAGAUGGAUCCUACCCCUGCUCCUGGGCAUUGGGGUCAUCUUCGGCAUCAUCGCGCUGGCGGGCUGGGGCUGGCUGGAGUCGCAGACCUUGCCCUAUGUGCUGCAAGCGUCGCUGUGGCAGAUCUGCAGGAGGCCUGAUCAGGGCGGGCAAUGGAGCUGCGAGUCCCUCAUGGGCUACGCCUGGGGAAGAGCUGCUGCUGCCACAUACCUGGUUGGCUUUUUACUUCUAGUCAUCUGUUUUGCACUGGCCAUAAUAGCAUUUGCCAUCGACACACUUCGGUUCAACUUCAUUCGUGGGAUCGGAGGCUUGCUUUUCGUGGCUGCUGUGUUCUCCAUCAUGGGCCUGGUCAUUUACCCAGUAAAGUUCUCAUCUGAAGUUGAAAUGACAGGAAUCAAUAUGUUCAGCUGGGCCUAUGGCUUUGGCUGGACCACCGCCAUUAUGGAAAUAUGCUUGGGAUUCUUCUUCUGCUGCCUUCCUAACUAUGAAGAUCAGAUCCUGGGUAAUGUCAAGCCCACAUAUUUUUACUCUUCCCCAUAAGCACGAGGAAAAAUGUGUUCAUAUUCCAGAGAUACCUGACAGACUAGCUACGUUUUUCGGAAUAUUGUCAUCAGAUGUUAGUAGAAAAGGCUGGAAACUUUUCUAAUGUGUGUAGAAAUAUAGCACUGGCAUCUGCAGUAAAAUUAUCUACUUUAUUUUGGACCUUCAUGUCUGAUGUGUGGUGGUCAGAUAAAGCACAAAUGUUAAAACCCCUUGGUUUUCCUCAUUCAUUCCAGUAAGUGGAGUUUAUGUGGAUUCCAUUGCAUUUAAAAUACAUUCACAAUUGUAAUUAAAUUUAGAAAAACUUAUUAAACUGUCAAUAAACAAAACAACGCAUAUCAUCUUCCUGAAGGAAAGAAACUCAGAAAAGUCACAUUUUUUAUGUAUCAUCUUUAACCUGAAGAUUUUGCACAAUUUUCAAAAAGUCAAAUACAUUUACCUACUGACUGCCAAAGUAGUAAAUUAGUCAGCCAGCACUUCAUAGUUUUGCUUCUAUUUUUCAUUCAUUCACUUAAGCCAUAAGGACAGAGUAAAGAAGGGAUUAAAGCUCCCUACCAGAGCCAGCAUCUUGACUUCUCCUCAUUCAUGUGGAAUGUAUUUAUUUCUAAUUAUUUGCAAGAGUGUGCAAGGAACACCAGUAAAGCCUUAAGAAUCCUGGUGUGCCAUUGCUGGUGCCAGUACAGAGUGGGCAGAGGCAGGAGAGAUUUCAAGCCACUCCUGCAACCUGCAGGCCUGGUCUGAUAAAGCCUCUGGUGUGGCUUUCUUCUUGGGUGUCUUGACAUUUUUUUCCUGCUGUAUCAAAACCUAUGAUUUUAAAAUGCUCUGCUUUACUGGCCCAGCUUUUUUAUCCGGUGUAGAAAGGUCAGGUAUGAUUUGCCUGCACCUCAAGAGCUGAGCUGGAGCAAUGUAAGUAUUUUACAGUUGCGAAAAGGCUCCUUUUUUUUUGUGUGCUGUUCUUAAGUAUUUUUAAAGUGGAAAGUGUAUACUGUCAUAUGUAACUGUAAAAUGCAUAAAUACCCCUUACCAAUUCAUACCAAAGCUCUCAUAGAGAAAAUCACAUCAUAAAACAUCUUAUAGCAUCCUAUACUCCACAGUGCCUCAAGCCUCAAUAUACUGCAAGCAAUGAAGUAUACUCUGCUGGUUUCUGCCUUGUUAAACCUAACUUUAUAACAUUCAAUUUAUUCUCUUAAGUGAAAAAAAAAAGGAUAAUAUGUGAUAUGGAAAAGGAGUCUCAUCUAAAUCCUUAACUACUGAGGCUUACUAGCUUGUAACACAUCUGCAAUUUUGUAAUUGUGUGUACUAUGAAAAGCCCUGCUAAGUGCUCCUUGUUUCAACAAAUUAGAGGUGGAAAAUUUUUCAGUUAAAACUUCUUGGUAGCUAAAAUUAAUAAAACACAGGGCUUCAUCUGGGUUGUUUGGAGUUUUUUGUUUGGUUGUUUGUUUGGUUUUUUUAAGCAGUUAACUCCAUUCACUUUUAUGGAGUGUCUCCCAACCUUGAUCAACAAGAUUGAGAGAUGGGUAGAGUAUAAAUAAUGGGAAGAGCAUAUGCAGCAAGGAAUAAUUAGGCAAGAACAUGUAAAUACUUUAAAAAAAUAUUUCCUAGCUGGAAGAAAAUCAAAGUGAAAUACAGCUGAGAACACAAUUAGUAUAAAAUGACUUGUAAUUCUUUGUGUAAUAUUAACCAUUCAUGAGAAAAAAUUUAUAAUAAAUAUUUUAAUUAUGCUUAUUACACCUAAUAAAA